AUGGGAAAUGUAUGUUCAAAGUCGGCUAACAAGCCUGACGACCCUUUUUCCCAACCAGGCCGUGUUCUUGGAUCGUCAGCCCCUCCAGGACAACCAAGCCAACCUCCUCGCGCACCAGUCCCUAACAAUGUAACACGGGGACCUGGAAGGACACUUGGAGGUGCUUCUUCAUCACAGGAUACCGCUGAUGCUAGAAGCAAAGCGGCAGAGGCUGCUCAGAAACGUGCAGAGGCGUUGAACACCUCCAGUAAAGGGAAGCUUGGAAGUCAACUUGCUGCCCAGAAAGCCCGGACGCAAGCCCAGACUCUUAAUGCGGCCAGUCAGGCGGAAGUCGCCGCUAGAAAUGCGGAUAGUGCUGCGGAAACGAGACAAUGGAAUUGAUCCUGAUGCUCCGACUUACUCAUUUACUAAUAUUAUUCACCCAUCAAACGCUACUUCCUCA